UAAAUGGAGGUUCGAGAGGAUUCUGUCAGAGUUCAUAAGCCUCUGUUUACCUCAGGCUAGCAGUCCUUCAGCAAACCCUCCACAUCUUUAUGAAUUCUUGCUCUAUCGCUCAUUAAAGCUUCUUAUUAUUAGGGAGCAAAGAACUCGAGCUGAGCGUCAAAUAAACGCGUUUACCAAAUCAAACGCGCCAGAGAACGCAUGAACACUGCCAGUGUCUAAAUGAGCAUUAUUAGUAGCCUACAUGGUCGGUGUAUCGUAAUAAUGAACAUUUAACGAUUAGUCGUGUAAAGCCAGUGUUUUGAUAAUGAUGAUUAAGGUCCAUUCACACAGAACGCGUUUUAAAACGCGAGACGCAAAAUCUCAACCCGCGUCGCUUUAAAGCUGAAAUUCAUUUAACUGUUUGUAACGUCAUGUCAGUGAGUCAUUUAAUCAAUAUCAUUUGUGUUUGAAAGAAACGGACGAAAAACUUAAUUUCACUCGAACUGUCCUGACGCGCGGCUUUUACGCGCGCGCACGUCUGCCUCGCCGGAAGUGACGUAUGUGCGCAGCCGAUGACGCUAUGGCGUUGUGUAUGCGGAAGUUAUGGACGCGGCUUGUGUUAGUAUUUCUGCAGGAGUCUGAUGCGUCGGUGAAGCUGUAGCUGUAUGUUUGUGGGAGUGAUGUUGAUCAUGAAUGCGCGCAGGGCUUCAGAAACGCCGAUCAAAGCUGAGCUCGCGAAGCGUGUCAGAGCCCUAAACCGCAUAUCAGUCUGCCUGUGUUCAUCUGUGUCAGCGAAGAGAGUAAACACAUUCUCAAAUGAUGUGUAAAUGCCAGAUAUCACCGCUUCCGAGUUUAUAAUCACUUUAAAAAAAAGCCUCUAAUAACUUGUAAUACAUUGUACAUUUUGUGUUUUUAAAUUCUGUCAGAACAUAAUCUGUAAUGAAUGAAACAAUUAAGUCUGUCAUGUUUCAUGAAGUACAACAUUAGGGCUUGGAAUAUGACAUGUGGCUCACUUUCAUUUUUAACUUCUUGAACAGACUCAGGAAUAUUAAAAUACAACCGUUUUAAUUGUUUAAAUGACUGUCCUGAUGGAGGUGUGAGGAUCAUAACUCUGAAAGAAUAUCAGAAAAACAGAGUUACAUGUAACGGCGGCAUUACGUAAUCUACAAAAUUAAUGUAUCUAUAAUCUGUUACAGUUACUGAGGGAAAAAAUGUGUAAUUAAAUUAGAGCUACUUAUGAAAUUGUUAACGAUUACAAAGAGGUUUACAUCUGAAUACUUCUUGUAGUAAAACGAAUUUUUUAUAACCUUAAUUCGAGAGAUGAAGUAUUUUUAAAAAGUCUUACUGUAAUCAGUGUUGAGUAAUAUUAGUGAUUAACAAAUUUCCUUAGAAAUUUAGAUAAGUAAUCAACUGUAAUCAGUUACAUUAAUUUAAUAAAGUAAUUGAAAUAGUUACACUACUUAUUACAUAUUAAAUAGGGUACUUGUAAUCUCUAACCUAUUAUAUUUCCAAAGUAACCUUCCCAACACUGUCUCUAUGUGCACUGCUUUAUGUGGUUUAUGAGGACUCAGGCUUGUAUAAUGAAUUGGGUAUGACAGAGGUACUAAAAUGUGAAGGUUAUUUUUGAGCUGAUGUCCCCAUAAUUCGAAAGGCUUAAAAACAUACUAAAUGGUGUUUUUUUGAAAAUCUAAAAAUGCAGAAUGGCGAAAGUUUUCUGGGAGGGGUAGGUUUAGGUAUAGGGUGAUAGAAAAUACAGUUUGUAUAGCAUAAAAUCCAUUAUGCCUAUGUAGAGUCCCCGUAACCACAAAUGCAAGUACAUUUUUAAAAUUUUUUUUUUACAUUUAGCAGACGCUUUGACUUACAGUGCGUUCAGGCUAACAUUUUUUUUACCUAACGUGUUCCCUGGGAAUUGAACCCACAACCUUUUGCGCUGCUAACGCAAUGCUCUACCACUGAGCCACAGGAACACCACUUGUGUCUCUGUGUGUGUGUGUGUGUGUGUGUGUGCGCGUGUGCGCCCGCAGGCGUGACGGGAUGUCAGGAUGCUGGAGUCCUAUGUUUCUCCUCUCUUGAUGAGUUAUGUGAACCGCUACAUAAAGAACCUGAAGACGUCGGAUCUGCAGCUGUCAAUAUGGGGACUGAGACUGGAGGUGCUGGAGCAGGAGCUCAAGCUGCCCUUCACCAUCCACGAGCUGUGCAUCCACGUGCCCUGGACCAAACUUAGCACGGAGCCUGUGGUCAUUACCAUCAACACCAUGGAGUGCAUCCUCAAGCUCCGGGACGGAGCCACGGAAGAUAAUGAAAGCUGUACGUUGAGUUCGACCAAUCGCAGCGCCUCUGAGAGCUCUAAGGCCGUGUCUAAACCUCGACGGGUGCAGCAGGCCCCCAGCGACCCUGACCUGCCCCCAGGUCACCGUAGCCACCAGAUCCAGUCUGUAUCCAAGUCAGAGGGUCACUGCAGUCACCCUGAUCCACCUGAGGAGGUGUUUGGAGCUGAUAACUGCUGCCCUCUCGCUCACCUCCACCUGUCACACUGCUCCUCCUGCGCUAGUCUCGCUUAA